UCGUUAAAAUAUAUUCUUUCUUGGUCCAUGUAAAGAGUGUACAAUAAUCAAUAGAGUCUUCUCACUAUACAAGUAACACACCAAAUUCACUCGUUUCCGCUCAGACUUUCUCUAUCACCAACACAAUAACACUACACCGCUUUCCAUACUUUACUCUGCAAAUAACCAUGGAGAGAAUGUUCGAAGAAGAUGAUGACCUUUAUGUUGAAGAUUUUCAGGAGAACGAUGAUAGUGAUGAUACAUAUUCGGAUUUUGUUGUUGAUGAGGUCAAUGAGAAUGAAGCCGACGAUGCUGAAGAUGACUAUGCAGGGACAAAUUCAGUUUCAAAGACUUUUGCCGCAGUACAACGGCAUUACGAGCCUCUCACCUUUGGACCAGAGCGACUCUUUGAGAGCAGCAAAUUGCAGUUCAAGACUAGGACUUUACCAAAUAGUAGACAACAAGGCGAGGUGAUCAUCGAAACCAUAAGAUUCGCUACGCGCAAACUUUAUGCAGAUGGUCAAAUCGAGUACAUCCUCUUCAAGUGUCCUAAUCCACACAAGCCUGCGAUGGUGCUUGCAGAGGCGGUAGAUAGAGCGUUGAAUGCUUUUGCGCGCCUUUCGAACGGCUAUCUACAUUUGCCAAUGAGUCUUGCGCUUAUGGAGGACGAUUCUGUUCGUGAUAUCUUGCAUUCUGGCAUCGAGACGGCAAAUUUUUUUUCCGGACAUUGUCAAAUUUUGCAGCAUCAUUUCUCAGCCGUAUUUUGAAAGGAGAAACUUUUACUCUUUCGGUGCCAGAGAAAGCCAAAAUCAAGGCACACAAUAGCAAGUUAGGGACAGCAGGGGGUA